ACUGCCUUGUGGGAAUUGUAGUUCUUUGGAACUGCACUACAGGUCCCAGGGGCCCAUGCGGCUGCAGGCUGGUUCCGGACAACGCCUGGUGUGUGGUAACAGCGGCGGACGCUUCCUUCUCGGCAGGCACUUCCGGCGCGGCAGCGGAGCCCACUCAAGAGCGUUAAAGUCCCCGAGGGGAGGGGGGGAGGUAAGGGCAAUUUAUUUUUCAAGGACUUUAAAUAUUCUUGCACAACGAGGAAAAAGAAGAAAACCUUCAGUGAAUGAGGAGUCUUUGCUUUUGUAGCAUUUUUCUUGAGAAGUGGAUCUUUGAAUGAGGAUGACAAUGGAAGAGAUGAAGAAUGAAGCAGAGACCACUUCUAUGGUUUCCAUGCCACUCUAUGCUGUUAUGUAUCCUGUUUUUAAUGAGCUAGAGCGAGUAAAUCUAUCUGCAGCUCAGACCCUGAGAGCAGCUUUUAUUAAGGCUGAAAAAGAAAAUCCAGGUCUCACACAGGACAUCAUUAUGAAAAUUCUGGAGAAAAAAAGCGUAGAAGUGAACUUUACAGAGUCUCUUCUGCGUAUGGCCGCAGAUGAUGUAGAAGAGUAUAUGAUUGAAAGGCCAGAGCCAGAAUUCCAAGACCUAAAUGAAAAGGCACGAGCACUUAAACAGAUUCUCAGUAAGAUUCCUGAUGAGAUCAAUGAUAGAGUGAGAUUUCUUCAGACAAUCAAGGACAUCGCCAGUGCAAUAAAGGAACUUCUUGACACAGUAAAUAAUGUCUUCAAGAAAUAUCAAUACCAGAAUCGGAGGGCACUUGAGCACCAAAAGAAAGAGUUUGUAAAAUACUCCAAAAGUUUCAGUGAUACUCUGAAAACCUAUUUUAAAGAUGGAAAGGCAAUAAAUGUGUUCGUAAGUGCCAACCGACUAAUUCAUCAAACCAACUUGAUACUCCAAACCUUCAAAACUGUGGCCUGAAAACUGUAUAUGUUGAGAGUUGUACUUUUCAAUGGUGGAUAGGAUACCUUUAUAUGUAAAUUUUAAAGUUUUGACUGUAUAAAUUAUCAGUCCCUCUUGAAGGGACCUAAUGCAGGAUUUCGAAUGGGAUUAUUGCCAUCUUACACCAUAUUUUUGUAAAACAUUGUAGCUUAAUCAUAAUCUCACGAUGAAGAUUUUGCAUCACUCUUUGCUAUUAUCAUUCUUUUCAGAAUUAUAAGCCAAAAGAAUUUACGCCUUAAUGUGUCAUUAUGUAACAUUCCUUAUAAGAAUUGUAAAUAUUUGGUGUUCUAUUUCUGACAUUUUAACUUGAAAGUGAAAAACUGCAAGACUAUGUAUUUAACAAUAUUGGUGGCAAAUAUUCAAUAAAUAGUUUACAUCUGUUA